AUGGAACUCUUGGGAAUAUUUGUCUUGGUACUUGCCGCAGUGGCAACUAAUGCUGGUGUGGCUAAAAAAAUACGUCAACCACCGAGUCCCGACAAAGUAGCCUUAAUGGCCCGUUUCAUCGUCAACGAAUCUAACUACACCGCGAUAGGGACGACAAGUGUGAGACAGAAUACCUUAAACUAUCCCUACGUGAGUCUAUUGUCUCUGAGCGAUGGACUCCCGGGGAACGGCAGUGGCGUCCCUUACGUGUUUAUCACUCCACUGGACCAACCAGGACAUGAUGUUAAAAAAAGUGAAAAUGUUACCAUGAUGAUGUCGUUGGCUCAAGGCGAUUGGUGUACGUACAAGAACUACGAUCCCAUGGAUCCGCGUUGCGCUCGAGUCACUCUCGCCGGUAAAAUGAAGAAAAUCGACAAAGAGAACCCAGAAUUCGCGAGUGCAAAGGCAGGAGUUUUCGGACGCCAUCCGUUGCUGUCUCAUGUGCCAGCGAGUCACGGCUUUUACUUUGCUAAAAUGGAGAUAGAAUCUAUUUUUGUUCUGUCUGAUUUUGGAGGAUCGGCGAACGUCACUCCUCAGGACUACUACAAUGCUGACAAACAGGAAUUAUCUCGAUACACUCGUUUCUACAAGAGGUAA